AUGCCUCUAGCUUGUUCGGAUUAUACAAUGAAAGGUCCGCAUCCUUUCGCUUUCACAAUUAUCAGGGCAGACAAAGAAAGAAAAACCAAAACGAAGCAUCAAAUUCAAAACAAUGAUAAAUCUAUCACCAGUUUGGGAAAGAAGCCUGUAAGAUGCAAAAAGUUCAAGUUCAAGUCUUUUCGCUGUGUGCCUCUCGUUGUCUUUAGUGAUAGAAUGAAGAAUCGUGGUAUUGUUAGGAUAAAAGACCAUGUCUCUGGUACCACAGCCAUGCUUGAAAUAGAACUCAAGAUUAGAUCAAGAACCUUUCAAGCAGCUGUUGUUGGCAUCGAUGAAUUUAGGACCUCGAGAGUAUGUAACUUCUGUAAAGAGAUGAGCCUAAAAGCAACGAAGCUCCCAAGUGACAAAUGUACCCAAAGUAUUCUGGAUUGCAAAAACUGUCGUAUACUUUAG